ACGUUGUCGCAACUGAUGGAUCUAAUUCUGACUGUGGACAAUGCCGACGAUUUCACCGAGAACUUCUAUGUGACGCUUGCUAUGGUCGUAUCAUGCUGUAAGAUGUUCAGUUUAUUGAAAAAUCGCAACAACAUUGCAGAGCUGAUCGAUAUUCUGAUGAAAAAGCCAUGCAGGCCUACUGAACAUGAUGAAAUAGAGAUUCGACAGAAAUUCGACAAUCUCAUACAAACAAACACGUUUUGUUACGCGACUCUAGUCGAAAUGACAUGUGCGUUUGCAUUAGCAACAUCUGUGUUCAAAGACUACAGAAAACACAGACUAGCUUUUCGUGCGUGGUUACCAUUCAACUAUUCUUCGCCGAUGUUAUUUCGAAUCGCUUAUGUUCAUCAAUCGAUAAGCUUAACAGCUGGAUCGAUCAUUCAGGUCGCUUGUGACAGCCUAAUUUGCGGAUUACUGAUGCACAUUUGCUCUCAGCUGGAAAUAUUGGAGUGUCAUUUGAAAAAACUCCUAAACAAGCCAUCACAUUUUCUUCGCGAAUGCGUUGUACAGCACACAAGCAUUUUCGAAUUCGCAUUAAUGGUGAACGAAAGAUUUAAAUUCACAAUCACCAUCCAAUUCUUAGUGAGUACGUUAGUAGUAUGCUUCAAUUUGUACCAAAUGACGCAGACGAGCGUGUUAAGUGCGAAAUAUGUUCAAAUAAUAUUAUAUAUGUUUUGCAUGCUAACACAAAUCUCUUUUUAUUGCUGGUAUGGAAACGAAGUUAAGUUGAAGAGUCAGCAACUGGUCAGUAAUAUAUUCGAAAUGGAAUGGUUUACAUUGGAUUAUCGCGUUCAAAAGAAUUUGUUAAUAAUUAUGAAGCGCAGUAUAAUACCUAUUGAGUUCACCAGUGCCUACAUUAUCUCUAUGAAUCUUCAAUCAUUUGUUAGUUUGCUCAAGACAUCGUAUUCUGCUUACAAUCUACUUCAACAAACGCGAUAAUAAAGUAGUAAAAACAUAAAAGUAGAAGAAAAUUGAUAUUUAUAUUUUCUAUUUAUAUAAACAUUAAUCUUUGUAUUGUAUGAAACAAAUAU